UCCCACCAACGCUGACUUAUGUGAGCUCUUCCUGGAGUGUGCAGUCCUGAAGACAGGCUGGGCAGCCAGUGUCCUGGGGAUUUUGGAGUGAUCGCUAAUGAGUCAGGUGCAGGAAUCCCUGAGGAAAUUUGCCAGUGCGUCCUGGCUGAGUCUCAGCAUUUCUCAGCAGAACCCAUUGAGAAGAAGGAAGAGAACAACAUGAAGAGGAAGAAGGAGCAGCUAAAGGAGCGCCUCAGUGCCUGGGACUCUCCCCAUGGCCUGGUUGGUUUACACAACAUUGGCCAGACCUGCUGUCUUAACUCCCUGAUUCAGGUGUUAAUUAUGAAUGUGGGCUUCACCAAGAUAUUGAAGAGGAUAACAGUACCAAGGGGAACAGAAGAGCAGAGGAGAAGUGUCCCUUUCCAGUUGCUCUUACUACUGGAGAAGAUGCAGGACAGCCGGCAGAAAGCAGUGCAACCUAUGGAGCUUGCCUACUGUCUCCAGAAGUACAAUGUUCCAAUGUUUGUCCAGCAUGAUGCUGCUCAACUCUACCUCACGGUCUGGAACCUAAUUAAGGACCAAAUCACAGAUGUGGACCUGGUAGAGAGGCUGCAGGCCCUGUAUACAAUCCGGAUGAUGGAGUCCUUGGUUUGCCUUGAAUGUACUGUGGAAAGAAGCAGAAACAGUAGCAUGUUGACCCUCCCCCUUCCUCUUUUUGAUAUGGACUCAAAACCCCUGAAAACACUGGAGGAUGCCCUUCGAUGUUUCUUCCAACCCAGGGAAUUAUCAGGCAAAAGCAAAUGUUUCUGUGAGAAAUGUGGGAAAAAGACUUGUGGGAAACAGGUCUUGAAGCUGACCCAUUUGCCCCAGACCUUGACAAUCCACCUCUUGCGGUUCUCCGUCAGGAAUUCUCAGACAGAAAAGAUUUGCCACUCACUCUAUUUCCCCCAGACCUUGGAUUUAAGUCAGGUCCUUGUGAUUGAAGAAGGCCUCUGUAAUGCUGAGGAACAGCUUGGAAGACAGUAUGAGCUCUUUGCUGUGAUUGCCCACGUGGGGGCAGCUGACUUUGGUCAUUACUGUGCCUAUAUCCAGAAUUCUGUGGAUGGAAAAUGGUUCUGCUUCAACGAUUCCAAUGUUUCUUGGGUAUCCUGGGAAGACAUCCAGUGUACUUAUGGAAAUCAUAACUACCGCUGGAGAGAAACUGCUUAUCUUCUGGUUUACAUGAAGAUUGAGUCCUAAUGGAUGUACCCUAAAACUUCAGAGACUGACAGAAUUUCAUUUUCCUCUCUAUCCCUGGAUCUGUUGACUCUUCCAUGAAAUUUUGCAGUGAGAAGCCUCAUUUUCAAAUUGUGUAAAUUGUUUAUAAUAAGGGGUAAUUUAACAGUAACUUUGCAGGGUUCUUGAUCAGUCAGAAUAGAUAUUUCCACCUCUAGACCGUUGGCCAUAUGGCUGGGGAAGAGAGUGCUCUUUGCUGUGGAAGAUAUUAAUUCUUUAGUUAGGGUAGUGUGGGAGUCCAGAUGCUCCUAGGGGAGGAGAAACCAGGCCUACAAUGGCAGUGGGAGGCAUUCAGGGGGCAAGGGGCAAUGUUAGGGAGGUAUUUCAGUAUUUUACAGCUACUGUGACAGUACUGGUAUGUACUGGUAGAAUAUGAUUUUUGUUUAUAAUUUAAAACUAUUUUAGAACACAUAUCAAUUCUAUAAAAGUCAAAUGUUUUGUCACUGCUAUUCAUUUAUGUGACAAAUACAUACUGAUCACCUACUCUCCUUAAAAUAGCGUGCUAGGCACCAUUGUGAAUAAAGUUCUUUUUCUCAAAA